CCUUUCCUCUCCGAAACACAAACAAACACACACUACAUAUGUAUUAAACACCAAAACCAAACCCUCUCCCAUGGCAUUAAACACCUGCCCCCAUUUCCUUUACUUCACCGGCGCUCUCUUCAUAAAUUCCUCACCCAACUCCAUGUCCCCCCCUCUCUCUCUCUCUAAAAAUGGCCUAAUCGAAAUCCCUUCUUUCUCUUACUAAAUUCAUUAUUUCUUCGUAUGCUAUUCAAUUAUGUCUACUUUCCCUAUGCCACCGCCACCGCCACCGCCACCGCUGCCGACACUUGCCUUUAUAAACGGCGGCUCCGCCACUCCAACCAACCAAAUACCACCGUACAUGAACACAUCAUCUCCGUCCCCUUCCUCUUCAUCAUCGAUAGUUAUAGUAAUCAUUAUAGUCGCCUCUGCCAUCAUUGUCUCGGCCUCGAUUUACCUUCUUCUUCGUUUAAUUUCAAAGCGCUUCCACCGCUCAUUUCGCACCUUCGCCGCGGCAGAAGAUGUUGUUCUACGCCAUCACUCAAAUCCGAACUUGAAUCGAUGCCAUAUGGUGUCGAGCAAUCUGCUCGAUUCUCUUCCUCUCUUCACGUUCGGCUCCAUUACUGGAAACCUCACCGGCGGUGAUUGUGCGGUGUGUUUGUCAAAAUUUGAGCCGCAUGAUCAGCUCUGUUUGUUGCCGUUAUGCUGUCACGCGUUCCACGCCGGGUGCAUUGAUACGUGGCUCGUUUCUAAUCAAACUUGUCCUCUUUGCCGAUCGUCCGUCCUACCUUCAGACUCGGAAGUGCUGGAUAAAAUUCAGUUGGUUGAGACUGGCGGUGGCAAUAAUAUUGACAAUAACUUUGAAAAUCGUAAUGGAAGUGAAAAUGGCGGGAGUUUUAGGAUUGAAAUGGGAAGCAUUAGUCGCCGCCGUGGCACGGAGGACACCGGCGGAGGAGGGCGGCGGUCUUAUUCAAUCGGUUCUUUCGAGUACAUUGUAGAUAAUGGCUAUGAGGUUUCCGUCGGAUCCACCAAUCACCGGAGAGGAUCGUCUGAUUGCACUUCCAUUGAUAAGGAGUCCUCAAUAGGAGUUCCGGUGGCUGAACCGCUUCCAGUGGAGGUUUUGGCUGGAGAGGUUUCCCGCGGGAGGAACUGGCUUAGAGACUACGUCGAUAGGCUGGCUUCGGUUUCUGUUUCAUCAAGGUCAUUGUCAUUCAGAAGCUCUGGCCGCUUCUUCACCGGCAGUAGCCGCCGAAGCGACACCGUCGUCCCCGUCGAGGAUCUGGAGGCGAACCGCGUCGGAGACGAAAUCAGCGAGCUCUUUCGGUGGCUUUCCGGAGUUUAACAUUGUACAACUCCAGCGGUAAUUCUGUUUUCACCUUCAUAAAUUUUAGCUUAGAACUCCAUAUUUUGCUAUAUCCACACUCUACGUAAUAGUUUACUUCGGUGGACAUUUAGCAAAAUAUGAGUGUGAAUACUAAAUACACUCCAAUUUUUGGUCCUAUAAAAAAUUAGUAAAAUCAUUUUAGUCAGAAUCACUUUCCCUUUUUCCAGAUUCCACAGUCAGCGCAAUCGUUGCAGUGAUUAAACAGAGGAUUAGUUUUA